CUUCUCUGAUCCUCUAACUCAACCACAACCUCCAAGAAAUUUAGUCAGAAACAAAGCAACCAAGGCCAAUGGCAUCUCUAGCAACCAUAGCUGCUGUGCAACCAGCCAACAUUAAAGGCCUUGGUGGAAGUUCCCUUGCCGGAACCAAGCUCUCAGUCAAGCCAGCUCGCCAGAGUUUGAGGCUCAAAAACGUCAGAGCUGGUGCUGUAGUGGCUAAGUAUGGUGACAAGAGUGUGUACUUUGAUUUGGAGGAUUUGGGUAACACUACUGGGCAGUGGGAUUUGUAUGGCUCAGAUGCACCAUCUCCAUACAACUCUCUUCAGAGCAAGUUCUUUGAGACAUUUGCAGCUCCAUUCACCAAGAGAGGAUUAUUACUCAAGUUCUUGAUAUUGGGAGGUGGUUCUACCCUUGCAUACUUCAGUGCAACUGCUACUGGUGACAUUCUACCAAUCAAGAAGGGUCCACAACUUCCACCAAAGCUCGGUCCACGUGGCAAGAUCUAAAUUACCCCAUUUGUAAACUUUGAUUGUAUUUAUCUUCUUUUGAUUGUAAACUUGUAGGUUUCUCCAAAUCCUACUUAAGACACCUAUUAUCUAUGCAAAUAUAUUUGCUUCAAUUG